AUGGCUUCUCAGCCCGAAAACGACUUCGACAGCUCUGAUAUCGCGGCUGUUCGUCUUCAACCUGUUAACACUUUGGGCCAUGUUCGACUUCAAGACGAAGCAGGCACAAGGCUCCUCGUUCCCCGGCCUUCGUCAGACCCCAAUGACCCUCUUAACUGGUCGCAGCCUUUCAAGAUUUACAUCGCACUGCUGACUUGUACGGCAUUGACUUGGGUCAAUUUUUUCGCAGCUGGUCCUUCGACUGUUCUGGUCGAGAUAGUCAUCGACGUGUUUGGUACUUAUCCACCAGACCCCCGAAAUCCGGCCUCUCUAUCCCCAUCGUCGAUUAAGGCAUUCCAGAACGCGGUCACCAAGGCAGCUUUCCUUUUCUCCACAACGUCUGUAUCCGCUGGCGUGGCCAACCUUUUGUGGGUCCCACUCGCCGUAAAAUAUGGCCGCCGCUCAGUGUAUACCUUUUCUUUUCUCGCUUUUGGUCUCUGCUGUAUCUGGUCGGCACGUGCUACCUCUUACAGUACGCUACUGGCAUCAAGAAUCAUAGCAUCUUUUUUCUCGGGCGGCGCUGAGUGUGUCGCUCCUAUGACCAUUGCGGAUGUGUUUUUCCUUCAUGAAAGAGGUCAAAUGACGGCGAUGUACUCGGCUGCACUUUCGACAGGUGCCGCCCUCGGACAAUUCUUAUCUGGGGUCAUGUCAAUCUCACAGUCCUGGAGAUCGUUCCACUACUUGUGCGCUGCUGUUGUGCUGUUUACGACAGCCUUAAUCUUUUUCACUAUGCCUGAGACAGCAUAUCAACGAGUUAUCCCAGAAACAGAGGAACGGACUACGACAGAUUCCAAGGAGGAGGUUACAAAUGUGUCACAAGUGGAACGUGUCGAUUACCCCCCCAAGAAAACCUUUACUCAGCGGAUGGCCUUCACUCGUACUCAUCUCACGACUGAGUCAAUCUGGAAAAUCGCGUUCCGUCCCCUUCCAAUCCUAUUGUUACCCCCAGUUCUUUGGUCCACGUUGUCCUUCGGCAUAGGAAUUGGUAUCUUUGUCAUCAUGGGAACCACAGCCGCAACCGCUUUCUCGCAGGUGUAUCACUUUACAGUUUGGCAAAUCGGAUUGGUCUGGAUCGCAAGCAUUGUAGGCAACCUGCUGGGCAUUCCUUUUGGUGGAUGGCUCUCGGAUUGGGUGGCCGACCGCGCUACUACAAGGAAUGAUGGUAUUCGGGAGCCGGAAAUGCGCCUCCCAGCCGUGAGCGUUGCCAUGAUCGCCUAUCCCGGAUCACUUCUUUUAUACGGUCUGGGGAUGCAUUUCAAGACGCAUUGGAUUGUGCCCGUAUUGGGCGUGUUCGUUUUCUCCUUUGGAAGUAGUGCGGCGAUUGGUAUUACUGUGGUUUACACGAUCGACUGCUACAGGCCAAUUGCUGGUGAGGUCGUGGUGAGCCAGGUGGUCUUCAAAUCUGCCAUUACCUUCCUCAUGUCAUUUUACGCGAACCCCUGGGUCGAUCGGGACGGCUAUGCAGGAGCGUUUGCGACUAUGGCAAGCUUCAGCUUCGUCAUCCUGGCACUCUGGAUUCCGUUGUACAUCUGGGGCAAGCAGAUCCGCACUGCGACUUUCAAAUGGCGUCUGAUGAAACUUGCCCAUUGGGAUGUGGACAGGGAGACUGGUGAAUAG